AUGGCCUCACGCGCAAUGUCGAUGCCGGCCCGCCGCCUGGCCGCCAGCCUCUCCACUCCCGCCAUGACCCGUCGCAGUUUCCAGAGCUCAGCACGCCUGCUCGAGGUGCCGGCAGGAGCCAUGCCCGUCCGCAAGCCCGUCGGUGCCUUCCGUGGAGGCGGAGGAGCUCUGUACUACUAUGUCAUUGACGAGUACCGCGUCUCCAACGAGCUGUUGACCGAGGACAUCUACGUGAGUUUGCCGGUUGCUUGCGCCGACAAGAGCAAUCAAGACUAA